AUGUGUGGUUUGUCCAGAUUUUGGGAGAAGGUGAAUACGAUGGGAGAAGGUGGAUCUCGCUAUUGUUCGAAGAAAUCUGAUGAUGUUUGUGGUGAUGCUUGUGGUGAGGACUCAGACUCAAGCCGACCACUAACCAUGACCCGAUUAAAAUGCUUCAUUCGCGGGCUCGACAUAAAAGCGUAUCUCUUCCUAUUCGUGCUGGUCCCCACGUGCAUUUUCGUUAUCUACAUGCACGGCCAGAAGAUAACCUACUUUCUCCGCCCCCUUUGGGAAUCUCCACCGAAGCCUUUCAACGAGAUUCCUCAUUACUAUCACGAAAAUGUCUCCAUGGAGAAUCUAUGCAAGCUUCACGGCUGGGGCAUACGCGAAUACCCGAGACGUGUAUAUGAUGCUGUUUUAUUCAGCAAUGAGCUCGAUAUUCUCGAAAUUCGCUGGAAAGAGCUGUACCCGUACGUAACCGAGUUUGUUCUCCUCGAGUCCAAUUCAACUUUCACGGGCCUCCCAAAGCCCAUGGUAUUCUCUACCGCCCGGGCCCAAUUCGGGUUCGUCGAGGCCCGUUUGACCUACGGCCAGGUCCCGGGCAGAUUCAAACAGGGAGUAAACCCGUUUGUGGAGGAAGCUUAUCAAAGGAUUGCUUUAGAUUAUUUGCUUAAACAGGCUGGGAUUCAAGAUGAUGACUUGUUGAUAAUGUCGGAUGUUGACGAAAUCCCGAGCAGGCACACGAUUAAUCUGCUGAGGUGGUGUGAUGGGAUUCCUCCCGUUCUGCACCUCCGUCUGAAAAACUAUCUCUACUCAUUCGAGUUCUUGCUCGAUAAUAACAGCUGGCGAGCCUCGGUCCACGUGUACCAAUCUGGAAAGACUAAAUACGCGCAUUACAGGCAAUCGGACGUGAUUUUGGCCGAUGCGGGCUGGCACUGCAGCUUUUGCUUUAGGAGGAUAAGCGAGUUUGUGUUCAAGAUGAAGGCGUACAGUCACUUUGAUCGGGUUCGUUUUUCGCAUUUCUUGAGCCUGAACAGGAUUCAAAGGGUUAUUUGUAAAGGUGCUGAUUUGUUCGAUAUGCUGCCUGAGGAAUACACGUUUAAGGAGAUUAUCGGGAAGAUGGGGCCCAUCCCACAUUCGUAUUCAGCUGUACACUUGCCGGCAUAUCUUUUGGAGAAUGCGGAUAAGUUCAAGUUUCUUUUGCCGGGAAAUUGCAUGAGGGAAAGCAGUUGA